UCCCUUCAAUAAACCAAUCUUAUUUUUUUUCUCUUAUCAACAACAAAGGUGAUCAUCAAAAAGCUUGAGGAAGGAAAAAAAUUAAGGAAAUAAUGAAAAGUUUAAUGUACAUUGCAACAAUUAUCAUUGUUCUUGUUUUCCUCCCAAUUGUCAUGAAUGCUAGGCAUAUUCCCAAGAUUAACUCAUAUGAUCAGAGACAUGUAAUGUCACCACCAAGGGCAAUGAGAAAAAGAGCAGAUACUCUGGCAGUAGCAGGAUCAAGAUUACCAGAUUGUUCUCAUGCAUGUGGAUCGUGUAAACCUUGUAGAUUAGUGAUGGUUAGCUUUGUUUGUUCAUCAUUAGAAGAAGCUGAGACUUGUCCUGUUGCUUACAAAUGUAUGUGUCAUAACAAGUCAUACCCUGUUCCUUAAUUCAUCACAAAAAGACAACAACGUUAUGUUGUCAAUUUUCCAUAAACAUUAUCUGUAACAUAUAGUGGCUAUUUACAGUUUUAUUUCCUCUAAUUCCCAUAGUGUAGGGCCUAAUUUGUAGGAUCCUUUUUAUUUGUAUUCAAUGAGAGCUUCUUGUUUCAGUAUUUAUUGGUAGAACACAUAUAUAGCCCCUUAAAUUUGUUAGUGAAUUUCAUAAAUUU